GAAAUUUUAUAUUCCUAUAUACGACGCAAUUUUUUUAUAAGCAAUCUUCUCUUGCUUUCGUUCCUAGAGAGAGCUCAUUUGAUUUUUGUUGCAGCAGCAGAGAUUAGCAAAGAAAAGCUCGUUCAGAUCAGAAUGCCGUGCGGACGGGCUCACGGCCUGCUUUCUGUAUUCGUGUCAAUGGCGUUGGCGAUAGCCGCGGUCUCAUCCACGGGAAAACAGAGGACGGAACCUCCACCGGUCCCGGAAUCGAAUCCCCCAAUGGUAUCCUUCAAACCUCCAAGAAUCUGGGACUCGCCGUCCACUGACCCGCUGGUGAUGAACGCUAGCGCAGCACUCAGAGACGCAGGCUACCACAUCAUGGGCGCGGCUUUCGACAUGUUCGCAGCAGAGGUCCUCCCAUCCGGCCCUGCAACGUUUUUCGCCAUUAACGACCCGGCUUUGGUGAACAUCACUUUACCUUCCUGGCUCAUGCUCAACCUCCUCCGUUACCACACGGCCACCGAAAUGCUCCUCUGGAAUGACCUCCAGAUUCUCACCGCAGCCACUUGCUUACCAACUCGUCUUCACGGCAAGGGUUUGGUCGUCACCGGUGUGCAGACCGUGAACAGCACCGUUGCGUUAAACGGCGUGGCUGUGUCUCACCCGGACAUCUUUGCGGCCGGCGGUCUGGCAAUUCACGGCGUCCAUCAGCCCUUUUAUUACCUCGACCCCUCGCUUGAUCAGAUCCGGUUCGAUUCCCUUCCUUUCCCCUCUUGUAAUGACUCAGACUUCCUCCCUCUUCCAAACGCCAGGGCACCGAUGCAGCGCCAUGACCACAGCUCAACAACCUCGCGGCUGUGGCGCAGGUUGCAGCUCGCCUUGCGCGUCAAUGGAUGCUUGUCCUUCUAUAUGGCCAUGAGUUUACAGAUUGAACGGUUAAAUGCCUCUCUGGCAGAAGCGACAGGGAAUUCCAGAGGUAAAGUGACGGUUUUCGCACCGGUUGACAGCUAUGCCGGGUUAUCGUCGGCCUCGGCGUUGAUCGGUGAGAAUCUGAGGUUCCACGUGGUGCCGCAGAGGUUAACCGUAGCCGACUUAUGCAGGUUUCCGGCCAGACACAAGAUUCCGACUCUCUUCCACGGCCACAAUCUUGAAAUCACGUGCCCUGGCGAUUUCCGGCCUCUGGUUAUUAACAACGUUAUGGUUGUACGGCCGGAUGCGUUUGUGACCGAUGAUUUUGUUCUCCAUGGCAUUUCCGGGGCCCUUGAUCCGCUCAAUGUAACUACCACUACCUGAUCUGUUUUCUGUUUUUCCCUGCUUGUUUUGUCUUCGCUCAAAAGUUAUGGACGUGGGUUUCUCCACAACGGAGUAACUUAAUGGCUUUCAUUUAAUUUUCUGUUUCUUUAUGACAUUUUAUUUUUGUUAAUGUUCAUCUGUAUUGCAAGCUUACAUAUAAAGAAAUCAAAGACAAAAGUUCUGCGUUGGUAUAGAGCAGUUUUAUCAAGUUUGGGGUGUGAAUCAAAAAGACAUUGUAAAGCAGUAGUUUUCUUUCAAUAGAAGAGAACAAAUUUUCCCUAACUGAUCAGGGUUCGAAGGGAUUGCUAUGUUUAUUUUCUCAAUGAAAAAAAAAGUAACUUGUUUUGCAG